UUGAAGCGAUGGCGGUUCGCUUGAGUGCAGUUUUAUUUCUUACUAUCUUUUAUGUUUGUCAUUAUUUGUCGUCAACAUCUGCGUUAGAAAAUAAUGAUUUUCCUGGAGACAAGGAAGAACAUCCUUUUCGCGAGGAUCAAGUUUUUAAUAUUAGCUUAGAGCCAUACAAACAAUUCUUGAAAGAAGAUGGUAAAAUAUUCAAUGUAUAUUGCUAUCAAAAUGUUCCCAAAUCUAUACUGCAGAUAUGGAGAAGUGUUCAAUUAGUAUUAGAACAUGUACCAUUAUCUUACAAACUAUAUUGUGGAGAGAAUGGAACAGAUGUAGCAGAAAAGCAUGAAAAAGAUUUCUUUUGGAAUCCUUCAUCAUGGUGGAGUGUUCAGAGUAGUGUAGUAGAGUUUCCUGCAUUUUCACCAUAUUGUAUUGGAAUUAAAACUAAAGAAAAAUAUGCAUUUCAUUUACAGGUUAGAGUUGUUAACUACUGGAAGUUUCUGCAAUUCAUUAUUGGGAUCAUAUUGUUUCUUAGUGCUCCGUCCCUUAGUAGAAACUCAUUUUUUCACUAUACUUCAGGAGUAUCCAUGGGAGUGCUUGCCUCUCUUUUAGUUCUUAUAUACGUAAUGAGCCGAUUUGUCCCCAAAAAAUCUGCAUCAUAUGCUGUGCUAUUUUUUGGAUACUCCUUUGUCUUAUAUGCUCUGAAAGCUUUUUGGCAUGAUUUCAGUCAGAUACUCUUCAAUUAUAUGGACUACUUUCUGACCUACUGUGUUGUUAUGGCAUUUAUAAGUUUUGUGAUAUGCUAUCGCCUUGGUCCCGUAAAAAAUCCAAGAACUUUUAAUUUAAUACAGUGGUUUAUGCAAGUUAUUGCACUUCUUUUAAUUUUCUUCAGCUCAGAAUAUCGUGAAAUAACUACAGCAUUAUCCAUACUAUUACUCACCGCACACUUCAUUCCAACACGCUAUGUUUCAAAGCUGCAGUUCAUAUGGUAUCGUUUCUUCCCUCCUAAAGUAAGACUUCUCACUGAAUUGGAAUAUUUGGAGCAAGGUCGCAUUGAAACUGAAAAGGCUCUGGAAAAUUUAAAAAAGUAUUGUAGCAGCCCAGAUUGCAAUGUUUGGAAAACUGUUAGUAGAUUAAAAGAUCCUGUGAGAUUUGCUAACUAUAUAGAGACGGGCCACCAUUUUACAGAUCAAGAAUUAUUAGACUACAAUUCUGAAGAUUGUGCAGACACAAUCGAAAGUGAUGAGGAAAGUGAAAGUCAUCUUUAUAAUAAUGGUGGUUACUAUAGCUGACAACUGCAGUGGCUAUCAUUCCAAUCAUUAGAUAAAUACUGUAUUGUCUUUUAUCAGCUAUAAUUGUACAAUCAUGUUAUUUUUA